AUGGGAGUCUGUUAUGAAAACUGUAGUUAAAAUCAAAAUAAUUGUUUAUGUGGAAUGGAUUCUUUUGAAAUAUGUUCUGAAUCAACAUAUUGUAUUUUGUAAUCCAAAGGUGUUUGCAUCCCACAAUGUACUUCAACUAAUUAUCAAAAUUGUUUGAUAUUAUCUGAAAACCUAACUUGUCUUGAUUAAUAUGUCACUAUCUAUGAUGAUAUCACUGGAAAAUGUGUGCCAACUUUCAAAGAAAAUGGCUAAUCCAAUUGUUUUUGCGGUGAUAAGUAGAAUGGUUUAGAUAUAAAAUUGAUUUGCUAAUCUGGUUUUCAAUGCUAAAAUCUUGGUACAAAAUAGAGUGGUUGCUUAGAAAAUGUACAAUUAAUAUGAUAUCAAGUUGUUUUUGUGGAUAAGAAAGUUCCGGUAUUGCAAUCAAAAAGAGACUUGUCUAGAUGGGACUUAAUAAAUAGGUUCAUGCAAAUCAUCUUUAGAUGUUUCAUAAGUUGAUUAUUCCACAAGUCUAUAAAUAGGGUUGUUUGCGAUAAUCUGCCUAUUCAGUAUAAUUUGA